GGAAGGGAAGAGAGAAGAUGGCGUGGGAUCCACCCUGGAAUUCUUUGGGAUUUUCCUGCUUCCUCCUGGCCCGCUCCAGACUUUCCCUGGCGCAGUUGAUCGAGGCCACGACGGCGCCUCCCAAGAAGAAGCCGGACCCGGUGACCUCGGAGACCGUGGUGAUCUGGGGGCUGCGCCUCUGGCAGGUGGUCGGGAUCUUCGCCCUCUUCGUCCUCUCCAUCAUUAUCACCCUGUGCUGCAUCUUCAAGUGCCGCAUCCCGCGCACGCGGAAGGAGAUCGAGGCUCGCUACGCCCAGCGCAAGGCGGCCAAGAACUACGCGGACAAGCUGGAGACCGUGCCGCCCCUGGAGGAGCUCACCGACAUUCCCGGAGCUCAGGUUACAGAAGAAAAAAAAGAGGAAGAAGUUCCCACUGUAUCCGGAAAAGUGGACAAGGCUGCAGGAAAGAAGGAUGGAUCCAAAGACUCCAAGAAAAAGGAUGGGGAGAAGGAGAAGGAAGAAUCCAAGAAGGAAGGGAAAGACGGAGGCAAAAAAAAAGAUGGAGAAAAAGGGGAAAAAGGAGGGAAAGAGGAAAAAGGAGGGAAAGGAGAAAAGGGG